UUCAAUAACAACACGGUUCCUGACUCAACUUUCUCGCUCGACAACACAAAACGUAAUAUUGACGCUUAUUUUGUCAUUGUUUGUAUAUAUAUUCAUCUCAGUGUUUUAAACACAAUUCUGUUUGAGUAUCUACUGGUUAAAUGAACAUAAUUUACUUGUUACAUUGGCAAAUAAGGUUAAGGUUAUUUCUGAGCCAAGCACUAGGCCAGUCGCUAGCUGACAUGCCCUGACCAUGAGCUCACUUUGCUACUCCACCCCUGCUAAAGAAGAAGAGGUCUGUUGCGCGGAGAAAGAAUCUCUGGGGCUGAACUUUGUCGUGAAAGAAGAACAUGAGGAUAUUGCAGUGAAAGGAGAUGAAGACGUGUUUAGAUUUAAGCAGGAGGAAGAGAAUACUAUAUCAUUUAAAAAAGAGAAAGAACCUUGUGGAAUGAAACGGGAAGAGGAGGUUCUCACAUUAAAAGAGGAGGAUGUUACAGUUAAAGAAGAGAAAGACACUUUAGGAGUGAAAGAGGAAGAGGGGAUACAGGCUGUCACAGUGGAAGAAGAGGAAGUAGAAGCUUUCAGAAUUAAAAAGGAGGAAGAUGAGGAUAUCAGCGUGGAAGAGGGGGUAGAAUCUUUAAGAAUCAAAAAGGAGGAAGAGGAAGAACCUUUUAGAGAGGACGAGGAGGAGGAGGCUCUCUCAAUAAAAGACAAGGAGGAAGGAGAGGAGGAGGAGACAGACGAUCUGAUUAACGCCAGAGAAAGACCAGAUUCAGAGGAACCAGAGACGUCCAAACCAGCAAGACGACACCACUGCUCCCACUGUGGAAAGAGUUUUACCCGGUUAAGGGACCUGAAAGUGCAUAGGACAUUGCACACAGGAGAGAAGCCUUACCAAUGUUCCCAGUGUGGAAAGAGUUUUGCAGAGUUAGGGCACAUGAAAGCACAUGAGAGAAUGCACACAGGGGAGAAGCCUUACCAAUGCUCUCUGUGUGGAAAGAGUUUUUCCUUGUUAGCAAGCCUGAAAAGACAUGAGAGGAUACACACAAGAGAUGCACUUUUCCAAUGCUCCCAGUGUGAAAAUAGUUUUUCCUUGUUAGCAAGCUUGAAAAGACAUGAGAGGAUACACACAGGUGAUAAGACUUUCCACUGCUCCCAGUGUGAAAGGAGUUUUACACGGUUAGGGAACCUGAAAAAACAUAAAAGAAUACACUCAGGAGAAAAGCCUUUCCACUGCUCCCAGUGUGGGAAGGGUUUUACAGAGUUAGGGAACCUAAAAAGACAUGAGAGGACACACACAGGAGAUAAGCCUCAUCGGUGCUCCCAGUGUGGAAAAAGUUUUACCCAGUUAGCACACAUGAAAGUGCAUGAGAGAAUCCACACUGGAGAAAAGCCUUACCAAUGCUCAGACUGUGGAAAGACCUAUUCCUCAUCGCGGUCACUUAAAAGUCACGUGAGAAUCCACACGGGAGAAAAGCCUCACCAAUGCUCAGACUGUGGAAAGACCUAUUCCUCAUCGCGGUCACUUAAAAGUCACGUGAGAAUCCACUCAGGAGGGAAGAAGCCUUCACCCUAGUUUGUAAAUUGUUAUGUCACAUCACAUUGACUUAAUUUCUUCUCCUAGUGGGUAUAUUGAUAUUUCACUUCACAUUAACUUAAAAUUCAUCAGAGAACAUACACAGUUCUCCCAUUGUCUUAUGUUGACUGAUAAUGUGUUUACCUGUUUAUAUCACAUGAAAUUAAAUGGUGCAAAGUGUACU